GGUUACAGUUUUUACUGUUGGAGGCUGAAGAAGUAACAUGUUACUGAAAGCGCAAAACUUAGUGUGCCUGAAGUAGUCAAGAUCACUUGAAAUUGUUUUUUUGUAUGAACAAGCAGGAAAAUGUGCAUUCAAGACUCACGUAAUUAAAGUUCUGGUAUUUAGCAAUGGAAAGCCCACAAAUAAACUUCCCUCUGGGUCUCGUUUCAGACCAAAAAAGGAGUGGGUUCCAGGAGGAUGGGAGUCCUCCAUUAAAAAAAGCAAUGACAGAGAUGCCUGUAAAUAGCAAAGUACGAGUUGUAAUAAAUAAAUUGCCAACAAUAAAGAAGGAAAACUUGGACGAGUAUGACGAAACUCCUGUGGAGGCUGAUGGGGAAACCGCCAAGCCAAAUAGUACUUCACUAUCUGAGCCUUUGAAUUUAAAUCCAGGUUUGAAACACACCUUGGCGCAGUUCCACUUAAGCAGCCAGAGCUCACUGGGUGGACCGGCAGCUUUUUCAGCUCGUUAUUCCCAGGAAAGUAUGUCACCCACCGUCUUCUUGCCUCUUCCAUCGCCGCAAAUACUCUCUGGUCCGCUGCUCAUUCCUCCGGACAGCUCCACAGAACUCACGCAGACGAUACUGGAAGGGGAAUCCAUCUCUUGUUUUAAAGUCGGAGGAGAAAAAAGACUUUGCCUGCCUCAGGUGUUGAAUUCGGUUCUCCGAGACUUUUCAUUGCAACAGAUCAAUACGGUGUGUGACGAACUGUAUAUAUACUGCUCAAGGUGCACUUCUGACCAGCUUCAUAUUCUGAAGGUUUUGGGAAUUCUUCCAUUUAAUGCUCCGUCCUGUGGGCUAAUUACGCUGACUGAUGCUCAGAGACUAUGCAAUGCUUUACUACGUCCUCGCACUUUUCCACAAAAUGGCAGUUUUCUCCCUGGUAAGAACACCUUGGCCCAACUGAAAGAGUCUGGCAGUGCCUUUGAAGUAGAGCACGAAUGCCUGGGCAAGUGCCAGGGGUUGUUUGCACCUCAGUUCUACCUUGCGCCAGAUGACCCGUGCAUCCAGUGUUUGGAGUGCUACGGUAUGUUCUCACCCCAGACGUUUGUGAUGCAUUCACACAGAUCCCCGGACAAGAGGACCUGCCACUGGGGGUUUGAAUCGGCCAAGUGGCAUUGCUACCUGCAUAUUAACCAAAAAUACUUAGGGACGUCGGAGGAGCGGGAGCUGAAGCAUCUCUUGGAGGCAAUGAAGGAGAAAUUCAGCGAGAAAAAUCAGAAAAGAACUCGGUCCAAAGCAGAUUCACAGCAGAGCCUGGAAUUAUCACAGUGGUAUCCAGUUAUCAAGCAAGAAGCAGAAACUGAUUCUCAGGCACCCUCCUUUUUCCAUCCCAGUUACUACCUUUAUAUGUGUGAUAAAGUGGUUGCUCCGAAUGUAUCUCUUGCAUCACAAUAUAAGGAUGUUGCAAAAACAACAGUCAAAGCUUCGGAAGUAAUUAAAUCCUCACCUGGACAGUCAGAGAAGAAGCUCAGUAGUGGAAAGCACAAAAAAGCUGCCUCCUAUCCAGAGCUUUCUCUUGAAGAACAGGAAAAAAUUGACUUGAAAACUGCUGUGGAGCAGCAUAAAUGUUUAGACCCACCUGUGUCAACUCGUUCUGCAAGAGGUGGAAAAUCUGAACGUAUUUCUUCCAGAAUCACUAGAGACUCUAGCCGUGUUGAAGUAGGGAAUGAUGUGCGAACCUUGUCCCCAACUCUCAUGAAAGACAUCAGUUGUGAAGACGACAAGGGAAGGAUCAUGGAAGAAGUAAUGAAAACCUACAUCAAACAGCAAGAAAAACUAAAUACUAUUUUGCGGCGGAAACAGCAGCUUCAAAUGGAAGUGGAAAUGUUAAGCAACUCUAAAGCUAUGAAGGAAUUGACUGAAGAUCAGCAGAAUUUACAAAAAGAACUUGAAUGUUUGCAAACAGAGCAUGCUCAAAGAAUGGAAGAAUUUUAUUUUGAGCAGAGAGACUUGGAGAAGAAACUGGACCAAGUGAUGAAACAGAAAUGUAGCUGUGACUCCAAUUUAGAAAAAGACAAAGAAGCUGAAUAUGCAGCACAGGUCUGCCUGAAGAUGCGCUAA